GCUGGACUCAGUCGCACGGGUCACACGCUAGUGGCAAUUUGUUUAGGGAUCAUCUUCGUCCUCGGAUUCCUGAACAAUUUCUUUGUUAUUAUGUUGUUUGCGAGGUUCCAGGUUCUCUGGACUCCGAUUAAUUUAAUUUUGCUGAAUAUCAGUGUGAGUGACAUGCUUGUUUGUCUCUUCGGUACUCCACUUAGUCUUGUCGCGAACAUUUAUGGUAGGUGGCUGGUCGGCGUUAACGGUUGCAGGUGGUAUGGUUUCGCCAAUGCACUCUUCGGUAUCGUUUCCAUGGUUUCCCUCGCCAUCCUUUCCUACGAGCGCUACUCCACCAUACUGUGCUACACCAAGGCAGAUGUGUCAGAUUACAAGAAGGCCUGGCUGUCCAUUGCAGGCUGCUGGUUGUAUUCUCUGCUAUGGACAACACCGCCCCUGUUUGGGUGGAGCAGCUACGGCCCCGAAGCGCCUGGGACGGUUUGCUCGGUCCAGUGGAACCAGCGCUCUGCGGGAAACGUCUCCUACGUCAGUUGCCUCUUCAUCUUCUGUCUUCUCCUGCCGCUGCUGAUCAUGGUCUUCUGCUACGGAAGGAUUCUUAUGGCCAUUCAUGGAGUAGCCAGGUUUAAACAGACUUCUGCACAGAGAAGGGAGACCCACAUUCUGGUGAUGGUGAUAUGCAUGGUGUCCUGCUAUCUGCUGUGCUGGAUACCUUAUGGAGUGGUGGCAUUGCUGGGAACCUUUGGCCGUGUUGGCAUGCUGGGUCCCAUGGCCAGCCUAGUCCCCUCCAUCCUGGCUAAGAGUAGCACGGUGCUUAAUCCUAUCAUUUACGUGCUCUUCAACAACCAGUUUUACAGGUGUUUUAUGGCUUUAGUGCAUUGUGGCUCAGAGCCAACCUCACACCAGAGCCUUCACACGCUGCAGAGCAGCCGGGCGGGGCCACCACGGCUAAACGACUCCCCUCCGGCCCCGCAGAAGCCCACCUCGCCUCCCGACACCCCCGAGUGGCACAGAUACUCGGCAACGUCCCUGGGGUCCCAGCAGAGAGCUCAGCAAAGAGACAGGCCCAACUUGGUUCUGGUUGUGCAUUAUACGGCCUGA